AUGGCUACCGAUCUGCGCCAUCGCACCACAACUACGUCUCCUAUUAACCAUGUCGACGCCAAUUACAAAAACCCCAGCGUCAGCUCAACACCACGUCCUCCCCUCCAAUCUCGAGUAACCAACCAUCCAGCAGGAGAAGUGAAACACGGCCUACCGAGUCAAAUCCUCAGAGCGGUAGUCUCGCUAGGCUGGUUCCUCAUCUCCUGCGUCUGCAUUCACAUCACUCAAUGGCUCGGUGCCCCUCUCUACUACUGGGAUAAAUCCUAUUUUUACGCCUGGAUGGCUUUGUCGAAACAGUCGUUCGCAAUCAUUACCAUAAUGCUCACACAGUGUUUCUCUCCAACCACGAUCCGAUUAAGCGGCGACAGUAGUAUGCGCGGGCAGUUUUCAAAAGCAAAGGAUGGCUCAGGAUUGUUGGAGACGCGGUUCCCAGAACGGAUGGUUCUAAUCUCAAAUCAUCAGAUAUACACGGAUUGGAUAUAUCUGUGGUAUACGGCCUAUGCGAGUCGUAUGCACGGCGCCAUCUAUAUAAUCUUGAAAGAGAGUCUGAAAUACAUUCCACUUAUAGGAUGGGGAAUGCAGUUCAAUGGCUUUGUCUUCAUGAGCAGGAAGUGGGACACGGAUAAACCCAGGUUGCAGCAUCGUAUGCGACAGCUUAGUACGAAACAUGCUGUGAAGGUUGCAGGUACUGGAGGAAUAGUCAAGACUGACGCUUCGAGUGGAUUAGAUCCGAUGUGGAUGAUCAUCUUUCCGGAAGGCACGAAUUACAGCGCCAACACGAAGAAGAAGAGUGUGGCUUGGAGUGAGAAGAGUGGAAUCCCGGAUAUGAGGCAUCAGCUACUACCUCGUGCUACUGGCAUGUUCUUCUGCUUGAACGAGCUCAAAGAAACGGUCGAAUAUGUAUACGAUUGUACCGUUGCUUAUGAAGGUUCACCGAAAACCGGCUAUGCGCAGGACUACUUCUCGCUACGCUCGACCUUCCUCCAAGGACGACCACCGAAAAGUGUCAACUUCUACUGGAGACGUUUCGCCAUCAAGGACCUGCCACUUGACGACCAAAAAGCUUUCGAGAAAUGGAUCUUGAACUGCUGGAGGGAAAAAGAUGACCUUCUCGAGACGUUCUACAAUACUGGCCGGUUUCCGGCAGAUCAAGACUCGCAAGCAGAGCCGUACGUCGAGUCGCCUGUCAAGUUGAGGAGUUUGGCCGAGCUCCUGCAACCUUAUGUGGUGGUAAUUACCGCGGCAUUACUAUUGAACAUCGGUAGGAUGCUCUGGACACGGUUUAUCUCGAGACUAUGGAUUGCUCUACGUCCUGGCGCAGAAUAG